AUGCCGUCCUAUAUAACAGACGCUAAUCUCAACAGCUAUGAGCUGGCCUUUUGUGGAGGACUAGCCGGUGUGGUAUCAAGAUUCUUUAUUGCUCCAUUGGAUGUCAUCAAGAUCCGGAUGCAAUUACAAACUCAUCGAACAGAAUUUGGAUUGCAAGGGAGUAAGAUACUGGAAUCUAAUGUCAAAUACACGAGUAUGACCCAAACAAUGAAGAAGAUUGCAAAAGAGGAAGGUAUCAGGGGGCUCUACAAGGGGAAUGUACCAGCCGAAUAUCUCUAUUUAUCCUACAGUGCGGUUGAAUUUUGGGCGUACAAGGAGUUGGAGAUGGCAUUAGAAACCAUGGAUCACAAGAAGCAAAUCCCACAUGUAGCCAAGACGUUUUUAUGUGGUAUGGCUGCAGGAAGUGUAGCAACCAUGGCCACCUAUCCAUUUGAUCUCUUGAGAACGCGAUUUGCAAUGGAAGACUCUAGAAAGCACAUCAGCCUCGUCAGUGCGAUCAAGAAAAUAUAUAACACUGAAGGCAAACGAGGAUUCUAUCGUGGUGUGGGACCUACAUUGGUCCAGAUUAUGCCCUAUAUGGGAUUAGUAUUCUCGAGUUACGACGCAUUGGCAGCAGGCUUCAAAAAGAUGAGAGAACAAGGCUUAAUCGAUCCAGAUUACAAACCACUACAGGAUAUGUUGAGUGGUGCUCUUUCAAGUGUCAUUGGCAAAACGGCUGUAUAUCCUAUGGAUGUUGUGCGGAAACGAAUGCAGGCUCAGACAUUUCCUUCUGUGGGUGUGUCGUGGUGGACCUGCCUCCAACAGAUUGUGCAGAAAGAAGGGUACAGCAGUCUUUACAAAGGUCUUACUCCCUCACUUGUUAAAGUGGCACCUGCAGUGUCGCUGACGUUUUUGGUGUUUGAAGAAAGCAAAAAAGGAAUGUUGUGGCUGAAGGAUCACGAAUGAUAAUAUGUGCAAUUUCAUGAAGAAGGGGUGGGUAAUAUACAUUUCACACACACGCACAAAAUAUAUAUGUAUGUAGGUAGGUAGGUAUCUGCAUAUGUAUAUAUGUGUAUAUGUGUAUAUGUGUAUAUGUGUAUGUAUAGAUAAAUAGAUAUAUAGACGUAUGUACUGUGAUCUUUCUUUCAUUUUUGUGUGACACAUUUGUGGCUCAAUUUUUUGGAGGUAAAGAUUAAAAAGACUCAAAAAGAAUUUGUACACGCACAAAUAUAAAUAUAUAUAUAUAUAUAUAAAAGCAAAAAGACAAGAAACCCGUCAACUCCGCGCC